AUGAGCUUGAUCUACACCGCCGACAGCAGCAUUACGGGCGGGAAACGCCACAGUUUGUACAUUGGAGGAAGGUCAGAUGCCAAGGAUCGUGACAAGCUCCGUCGAUGGGGUGUGACGCACAUUCUCAAUGUCACAGCCGCCAAAGAUGCCGGAGUCAAGUCGGGAGUUCCCAAUUUCUUUGAAAAGGACCGUUCCUUUACAUACCAUCGCGUUCCCGUCUACGAUGCUCCCACGUCGGCCGCCGACCUCUUGCGCCAUGCCAAUGACAUUUGCGAUUUUUGUUCCAAAGGACUCUGUCACGGAUCUCUCCUGGUGCAUUGCAACAUGGGACAAUCGCGAUCCACCACGGCGGCGCUCUUUUUUCUCAUUCGAAAGGCCAACAUGUCCCUUCAGGGCGCUCUCGAAAUGAUCAAACGACGACGACCGGCCGCAGAACCCAUUCCAGCAUUUCAUGAAAUCCUAGUGCAAUACGAGGCUCAGUGUGACAAGGAACGUGGCAAGGGUGACAAUACGAAGAAAACAAAGCGAUCUCUGUCUCCCACUAGGAACCCCCAUGAGGAAAAGAAGCGUCCACGGGUUGGACCAAGCAUUGGACCUGCCUUGCCAUCGGCUGCGACAACAUCCAUUGGGCCUGAAAUGCCUCCAUCAUCAAAGGCGAAAGCAGCCAUUGGACCUACAAUGCCUCCAUCCAAAAAUGAAAGUAGGAUUGGACCUACAAUGCCCGAAUCCUCCUCUGAGACUGAAACAAAUGACGCAAGCUCAACCAUUGGACCUGCAUUGCCGCCAUCAAACGCCAGCAUCGGACCUGCAAUGCCUCCAUCAGGUUCAGAUACACCAAAGCAAUCAACUACUACAAAUAUUGGACCCUCGCUGCCUCCUAGCUAG